AUGCUUCCCAAAACUUCAAACGACUCGACGGACAAUGACGAUCGAGAUAAUGUCCUGGUCAUUUACGCCAACAGUUUGGGUCUGCUCAUCAAGCACGGCUUCCGCGUAGAAGCGUUGGAUCCGACCAUCGUGGCGAAAAUGUGGACGUUGGAUACGCAGGACAAUGUGCUGAUGGCAGACGACAAUGUCGACACGCGCAAAUUGCGUCCGGAUAAGCUCGCCAGUGUGUUGACUACGCGACUGCGCAUCCACAAUGAGCUGGCGAGAUUGUUGGGGGAGGAGGAGUCGCGAGAGGGGGCGGAGGCGGGGGCGCGGCGGCGACCAGUGAACAUCGUGCGCAACACAAAGAUCCAGUCGGUGGAUGUGAAUGCUGGACGCGUCACUGCAGUGGAUGGUAGAGAGUUUGCAGGCGACGUCAUCGUUGGAGCCGACGGCAUCAACUCGAUGGUGCGCGCAGCUAUUCAAGAAGCAGCAUCAGCCCCCGCAUCCUUGCCUCAGCAUACCGGCAUGGUCACGUACCUCGGCGAUCUCUCAGCAGAGCAGUACGCGCAAGUGUUUCCUCUGCACCUCGCCCAAGACAAUACCGGCCCCGUCGCCAUUCAGCAAUUGCGGCCCACGAUGAACAGCAGACGGCCCAUCGACGCGACCAACGAUUUUCGUCGCAUGUGGACGUUUGCAUACGAUUGCGACCGGCGCGUGCAGCUCUCUGCCGUCGCACCCGAUGCCAAGUGGCUCUCGCGCAUGAGCAAGCGAACCAUCCUAUCGAAUGUGGAUGCGCGAGAAGUGGCGGAAGAUUUUGCAGAUUUCGGCGAAUCGACGCAAAAGCUGAUCCAAAUGUGCCCGCGAUGGGAUGUCUGGUUGCUGCGGGACUUGGACCCCUUGUCGACGUGGACUUUUGGCAAGGCAGUGGUCAUUGGCGAUGCUGCUCACGCCAUUCAACCGCACGUCGGACAAGGAUGCAACCAAGCCAUCGAAUCGGCCGAAGUGUUGGGUCAUUUCCUCCAUCGCGUGGCGCGGGAGGAUGUGUCGCGCAGCCUCUCCUCGUUUGUGCGCCUUCGACAACCUCGUGCGCAGAUCUACCAGAUCGCCAGCAGGCAUUUUGGCGGAUCUCUACGACCAGAAGAGGAGGCCAUCCUCGGUCAACCCAUGGAUCUCGAUUUUGAAACCUACCUCCAACUGACCGCCGACUGGAACGGCGCAGAAGCUGCAGUCAAGGCUGGCAAAGUGCAGAUCAUGCCCCGUCACUAUGAGCAGUUUGUGAAAUUGGCAAAGUGACGGCGGCGAGCGGGCGUGCGAGAAUUUGAAUGUACAUUAUUGCGUAGAGAUUUGUGGGGCGCGCGUGUGUCUAUGCUGGCUAGGUUAGGCGCGGCUGUUGCGAACCUCGUGUUGUUGCUCAAGG